AUGGCGUCCUAGGGUUUAUUGUGCCAGGAUGAUCUCUGCCGUGAGCGCAGGGCGCUGGAGCUUGGCUGCUGCCGGAUCGGAGUUGCGGAGGUCGCAGCCGUGCAAUGCAGAGGCUCUAGCAUCGCUGCCGCGCAUCCCGAUCACGAAAUCUUCUCUUCAAGUAAGUCAUCUCUCGAUCUCGAGACAAGGCAUCCAGAUCCAACCUCGACUGCGAUGCGCGGCAUCAAAAAACGCCGAUUCAUGGCCAUCGGACUCCAGAAUCAGCGGUAGCGGCAAGAAAAUUCUCGCUGCCAUUGCCAAAGGGACCGCUGCUUCGCUCCUUGCGUGGAUCCUCUCAAGCAACCUUCUCGCCUAUGCCGCGGCUGGAGGAGCCGCCGAGUCUUCUUCCAUCGGAGCAUCCGCCCUGGGACUCCGCAUAGCAGAUUAUCUUCGCAGCUCGCGGUGGCCAGACGAGGCAAUCGUCUUUGCGCUCGCGACGCUUCCAGUGCUGGAGCUUCGCGGGGCGAUUCCAGUCGGGUAUUGGAUGCGGCUGAAUCCUCUUCUAGUCUACUGUCUCUCGGUGGCCGGGAAUAUGAUCCCUGUGCCAUUGGUGCUGCUCUACAUGGAACAGUUAACUACGUUUCUCACAGCGAGGAGCUCCAGUGCCAGGAAAGUUUUGGAUUCGAUUUACAAACACACGAGACGCAAGGCCGGGCCUAUCCAGGAAUUUAAGUGGCUGGGACUAAUGCUUUUUGUGGCAGUCCCGUUCCCGGGGACUGGAGCUUGGACAGGUGCCAUGGCUUCUGUGGUUCUGGGAAUGCCAUUCUGGAGUUCCUUCUGGGCAAACUUCUUCGGUGUCGCCAUCGCUGGCAUUCUAGUCAACCUGCUGGUGAGCGUGGGUUUCAACACCGCAUUGCUGGUCGGUGCAGCACUAUUCGCAGCUUCUACAUUCAUGUGGAGCUUUCUCAGAUUCUUGGGAAGGUCGCAACACUGAGGUCAAGCCAAGCGAAAUCCAGCCCCGGAUCUCGCACGCACCGGGGGGUAUGUUUUUUCCUCACUGGCGGUACACGAUUUUCUUUUCGUGCAACUUGUUUUUCCUUUUAUGCUUGUUUUUCUUCGGCUAAAAAUUUCCGGUCUAAGGCUGCGCG